UUUCUUUAUGUUUCUUCCUCAGAAUGUUGCGCUUCCGUCUCCUCCCUGCCCUGGCGGGCUUAGCAGCCACUUCCAGGUGCCAUUUUGGCAUGGCUCGUUAUCCUCAAAGUCGGCGUAGGCUUAUGAUGGUAGCUUUCGUAGGGACAGCAGCUGUAACAACAAGUACUGGACUUCUUUGGAAAAGAGCACAUGCAGAAGCAUCAUCAUCUGUAAAUCAUGACAUGCACACAACGGCUGAGAAGAUGAGAAGCAGAGAAGUAGUGAAUGAAGGGAGUGAUGAUAGGAAAGUCAUAGAGUCAGACAAUGUUCCUCAGGCAGAAGGAAAGAAGAAGAAGCAGCGUUCUGGAUUUCGGGACCGUAAGGUAUGUCUUUAUGAAACUUUGUUGUUGUUUAGUCGUUAA